GAAGAUAUAUGAAUACAGCAAGGCGACAGUAUCUUUGUUUGGACCUCCCAUCCCAUUAUUAUUAUUGUAAGUGUGGAAAAGCAAACGUGAAAAUGGAGAUUUUUGAGUGACUUUAGCUUUUUGUUGGAAAUGAUUUGCUCCACUUACCAGUUGGACUUGCAGCACUUGCAGCAGCACUGCAGUCUGCACCUUUCUUGUUAUUCCUUGGAUUAUAUUUUUCAACGUUUCUCUAAAGGCAAAUAAGUUAAAGAUGGUGAGCUCCUCAAACUCAAACAGUGGCACACAUGUACAAUUUGGUGACACAAGCCACACCAAGAUAUUUGUGGGUGGAUUGCCAUGGGAGACUCAAAGAGACACCAUGAAACGCUAUUUCGAGCAGUUCGGGGAGAUCCUAGAGGCUGUUGUCAUCACUGACAAAAUCACAGCAAGAUCAAAAGGCUAUGGUUUUGUGACGUUCAAGGAUCCAGAAGCAGCAGGGAGAGCUUGUGAAAAUCCUAAUCCUAUCAUUGAUGGAAGGAGAGCAAAUUGUAAUCUUGCAGCCUUAGGUGCCCAGAAGAAUCAUUCAGCCACUCCUCAACCUCAACCUCAUGAACUUGGUGAUUUGCUGAAUGAAGCUGAGGAGGGAAUGAAGAAAUCCAGACCCUUUAUCAACACAACCUCUACGUAUUAUUCUGCUUACGGAUAUCCAGUGUACCAGCAGGACAACUUUGCAAUGAUGCAGAGUUAUAAUUACAAUGGAUAUGGUGGUGGUGGCGGUGGCGGUGGUCGGGGCCAACAAAACUACUACUACUCUGACUCUAGUAAUGCUGCUGGAGGUCCUGGAGUGUAUCAUCCGUUCUAUUUCUAUUCUCCAUCUCCUAUGAUUAGUCUUGUACAGCAGCAGCAGCCACAGCAACGGGGCCCACCAACAUCCAACGCCAAACUAGAACCAACAGCCUCCUCACACACACUCACAGGGAAGAAGAAGAAACUGACCUGAGAUUACAAAGUCCAUCUCUUCUGUUCUUCUUCAUUAAGGGUUUUAUUUUAUGAAUCUUAUCCAUUCAUUCUUUC